AUGGACAUUGGAGAGAUCAAGGAAGAGGCAGAUAAAAGAGAGGGAAGAAGAUGUAUGGACAUUGGAGAGACCAAGGAAGAGGCAGAUAAAGAGAAGGGUAAGGAGAAGAUGUAUGGACAUGGAGAGACCAAGGAAGAGGCAGAUAAAGAGAAGGAGAAGACAUGGACAUUGGAGAGAUCAAGGGAAGAGGCAGAUAAAGAGAAGGGGAGAAGAUGUAUGGACAUGGAGAGAUCAAGAGAGGCAGAUAAAGAGAAGGGGAAGAAGAUGGACAUGGAGAGAUGGAGGAGAGGUGGAAGACUGGAAGAAGAUGUAUGGAGACAUUGGAGGACCAAGAAGACAGAAGAAGGAAGAAGAUGUACAUGGACAUUGGAGGAUCAAGGAAGAGGCAGAAGACAUUGGAAGAAGAUGGAGAGAUACCAGAGAAGGGGAGAAGAUGUAUGGACAUUGGAGAGAGAUCAAGGAGAGGAGGCAGAGAAAGGGUAG